ACAAGUAUGUUUAUCAAAGUACAGAGUUUAUAACGCUACAGGUGAGUGAUAGUUUGAUGCGAUUGCUCGACGCGACCAGCUGCACGUCUGCAGAUCGGUCUCUCGGUAGAGGAGCCCCUCAAGGGAUCAAAUGUUAAUUUAUGAGACUUUAUUCUCUGAUGGGAUUACCUCCUGUAUUGAUGCAGAUACCAACCCACAAUGAAAUAUGUUAUGUUUAGGGCCUGGCCACAUACAUCAAUACUGCGUUAAAUUACACUAUUUGUGUAGCUUUUGCUUUUUAAACAUACUUCAAUAGAUGUGUCCAGGCAAACAUAAUUUCGAAAUACUUAAAAAAAAAAAACACCUUUAAUUUAAUCCAAUAUUAAUAACAUUAAACCUUCUGUGUUGUGAAAAUGACAAAAGUACUUGCUUUUAAACGAAGAAAUGAAUACCCAUUUCAAAGAACUUUAUUGAAAAAAAAAAAAAACAAGAUGGUUAUAUCUUUAUAUUUGACAUAGCUACACAGAUCUAUAUUGCGAGGUGAGGAGCAGCCAAUUGUCAAAAGAUGUGUGGAGUGUUGUUCUCUGUACCACUGUCCUUGUUGUGGGCCUGAUAUGUUCAAACCCACCAUCAAAAGCAAAUGUUUGAAACAUUUACAGGGACAUCGUCGAAGAGCAAUACGACACAAAGGCAAGUACUAAACCAUACUUACAUUUCGCAUUUUUAUUACAAGCUAUUUAUUUACAUAUUUAAAUGUAUAGCAGUUACCUGAAUGUGUCCCAUGGAUCAGGAAUAAUGGAUUAGUUUGUUCUUAAAAAUUCUUAUUUUACACAAAAGUUAAAUGUAUUCCUUCACAAUUUUAGCAGAAUCACUAUGAUGAUAAAAGCUGCUGUAUUAAAUGUUGAAAGGAUAAAACAGUGUAAUAAAAAUAAGUCGAAGCAUUUUAUUUACUUUUGAAGUUGACAUUAUAGAACUUCUGUUAGGUUGUGGUGUCUUUUACUUUUAUUUUCUCUCUAGAGUUCUUUAUUUUCAAAUGUCAUUUAAAGUGCCGAACUGCUCCACACUUCCACUGCGUCAGCUGCAAGUCCACCUUCAUGAGGAAAGAUGGAUUUCUAAAACACCUGCUGAUGUGUGAGCGCAAAGACCCCAAGGUAGUGAUUGUGGAGGUGAAAUCAGAGGAGAGCUCACCUGCAUCAGAAACUGUUACAACACGCUCACCUGAGGCUGGCCGUGCUGAAGAAAUGUCUGUCAGUGACAGAGCAAAGAGCCUGCUCUCUGGGAAAAGAAAAGCUUAUCUUGAGCAACCCUCAUGCCCUAAACGGGCUCUCGUUGUCCUGCAGUCUACAGAUGAGGAGAAAGUAGACCAGGGGCCCACAUCUGAUGAGAUGGCAGGCAAAGGGUCCAUAGAUGAGAUAGUGGUCCAGGGUCCCACAGAUGAGGGAGCUAUUGUGGAGGGGCAACUGAGCACAAAUGAAUCACCGAAAAGCCAAGUGGAUAAAGGAAAUCCUUCGAAUGUAGACCUCAGUGUCUCUGUAGGGGAUCACAUUGUCUCAAAUUCUGCUGAGAACCCUCAUGCCACAGAGACUGAUGUUGCAAUACAGACUUUGGUAAAUGAGAUCUCUGGACGUACACCUGUUGAAAGCACCGUCCCACAAAGGUCAAGAUCUGACAUACAAGAUCUGUGUCCUUUCUGUGGUUUAUUGCUGCACAGGAAAAAUCUGCAGGUGCACUUAAGGAGGAAGCACCCAGAGCAAGUGCCAAGGCAAGAGAAACCUGCACCUGCUAUGUUGAAAAACCCAAAACAGCAGAGACUCCCUCUGCGACAACAACAAAAGAUUGCAAUGGAGAGUGAGAUCAGAGAUGUGUUCAGACACUGUAUCGGGUUUCCCAUUCCUAUUUCUGCCUCUGUGGUCGGUGACCAGCAAGUGGACACUUCCAAUGAAAAGCGGUGCAUUACUGUAUUGACCUGCUGGAGUCAGUGUGAUGUAGAGAGAGGGAUGAAACUAGUUUUCUCUCAGAGAUGGACACUACUGUGUACACAUGACAAAAUAGAAUAUGUGCUGCCAUCUGGAACGAGCACACACAUACAGGGAGAGUUGCUUAGUUGCCAGUCUCCAUCUGGGACUCUUCGAGCUGUCUUCCGGGAAGAUACUGUACAUCAAUACCUGGAGGUAUGGGGUCAAAACGGUUUGGAGAAAAGUUUAGACCUCACAGCUCAUAGUAAACACGGAAAAGUGUAUGAAGAUGCUCAGUUUGCAUGUAUAGCCUGGUCACCAUGUGAAAAAAAUGUAAUGUAUGUGGCUGAGAAGAAGAGGGUGGCGCAUUCAGGGCAUGCAUCGUUUGGAUCAGCCAAUGAGGAUGGAGAGAAAGUGCUGCUGGAGGAACAGGAUACAAAUUUGUAUACUGAAGACUGGGGUGAGGGACUGGUGGGUAAAAGCUGUCCAGUAUUGUGUGUAGCUGAUCUCAAUAAAGGAGCAGUCAUCGUAUAUGCUGGUGUCCCUCCUCAUAUAUCACCAGGUCAGGCUUUGUGGGCACCUAAUGGGAGGGGCAUUUUGUUUGUGGGCCAGUGGAAUGAGCCGUUCAGACUGGGCCUGAAGUUCUGCUCCAAUCGUAGAUCAGAUCUCUACUAUCUAGAUUUGAAGGGGAAAUGUGAGUGCUUGUCCUCUGAAGGCGUAUCUGUGUCGAGCCCACGUAUGAGUCCAGACUCCUGUUGGAUUGUCUAUUUACAGGGACAUGUGUUUGGACCACAUCAUCAGUGCCUUAGUAUGAUGCUGUAUGACAUGAAGAAUAGAACCACUUCAGUCUUAGUUGAUGUUGUCAGGAAAGCAGAAAAAGGCCAGUUUGCUGGAAUAUAUGAAUCAUUGCCGCCUCUGUGCUGGUCUGCAGACAGUGAGAGAAUCUUCUUCAGCAGUGCUUGUGAAAACUAUAAGGCAGUGUACUCAGUGGACAGAAGUACAGGAAGAGUUACACAAGUGUGCGGAACAGAUUCUCUAAGACUAGAUAACUUUGGGAGUGUGCAGCUGUUGACAAUACAGAAAGACCUGAUGGUGAUGAGCUGCUCGUCUCCACUUCAACCACCCUGCCUGAGAGUUGGCUUUCUCUCAUCAGUAGAUCAUGCUGAAGAUAUGCAACUUUAUAAUCUUGGCAGAGCAGAUGUGUAUGAGGGACUUGAUUGGCAGUCCAUGUUGAUCAUGGCUCCUUCUCAAGAGGAAAACCAUCAGUUCUCUGGUCUGAAUUUUGGAGCAAUUUUGUUAAAGCCGUAUAGUCCACCUGAGAGAAGGAAAACUCCUCUAGUGGUGAACAUACAUGGUGGUCCUCACUCUCAUUUUGCUGCAGAAUGGAACGCCACAGCGGCUGCUUUAAUCAAACUGGGCUUUGCCGUUCUGAUGGUAAACUACAGGGGUUCUACUGGUUUCGGUCAGGACAGCAUAGAUUCUCUACUCGGAAACGUCGGCAGUCAGGACGUCAAAGAUGUUCAGAGAGCUGUGUUGUGCGCAUUGCAGAAUGAGGCAACCCUUGAUUCCGAUAGGAUUGCAGUAAUGGGAGGCUCUCAUGGUGGCUUUCUGGCCUGCCACCUGAUUGGUCAGUAUCCAGAUUUCUACAGAGCAUGUGCAGCACGGAACCCCGUCAUCAAUGCAGCUACAUUGCUCGGAACCAGUGACAUUUUAGACUGGAGAUAUUCCUCUGUUGGGAUUCAGUAUUCUUUUGACCAGCUGCCUACAUCACACUGCCUCACUGCCAUGUUAGAGAAAUCGCCUAUAAUACAUGCUGCACAGAUACGUGCUCCUGUGUUGUUGAUGUUGGGUGGGAGAGACAGGAGAGUAUCACCUCACCAGGGUCUGGAGCUCUACAGAGCACUCAAGAGCAGAAACACAGCUGUCAGGUUACUAUGGUACAGUGAUGAGGGUCACUCAUUGUCUAAAGUCAACACUCAGUCUGACUGCUUCUUCAAUAUUGCUCUGUGGUUCAAAGAACAUUUAAACUGACAGCACUAUAGCAACAUUUAUUGGUCAUUGCCUCUCUACUGUGUCAGUACUCAAGUUCUCAAAUGCACAAAAUUUCCAUCUGAUGUUUUUCUGUCUGCUCACAUUGUGUUUGAAAUGUAUGCCAAAAAUAAACGUCUAUUAUUAUUAAACUCUCUGUGAA